AAUGUAAAUUAUUGAGUUCAACGCAUGUUGUUUCCAAGGAAACGAGAUAAGGUUUAUUUUACAGGUCAUAAGUUUUUAUUUUAGUUAUUUUAUUUUACAGAAAACAGGGAAAAUAGGUAAAUAGCGAUAUGUUUGAUGCUCGAUCAUAUAACCAUCAUAUAGACAUGUGAAAAAAUAGAUUUCCAAAUUGUUCGUAUAGCUUAAUUCCUUAAUCAAUGAAAAUAGAGAACCUCUUACCACAAGAUUAAUAUUAGAUCAGACGAACCAUGGAUCCCAUAAUAGAAAUAUUUACUGAUAUUUUGAAGCCUAAAUCCUCCUUGCUAUCUAAAAUGAUCGGCAUCGCUAUCGCCACAGGCAUUUAUAUGUUUGCUAAUAUAUUUAUGGUGUGUUGCUCUUGCUGCACGAGGCAUUCGAAAGACAAAAGGCAAGGUGUAGCAAUUCUUAACUCAUUGGUUUUACUAGGUGCUUACCUAUAUUCUUGGAAAUUGGGCAACCCUCACUUGGCCGAAGCACUUGAAAACUCCCCAGUAAACGAGGUGCCACUGAUGCUUACCGCAGGAUAUUACAUUUUAGAUACGCUAUCUUUAAGAUCAUUCAUAGACGUAUUGCACCAUACAUUGAGUAUAUCUGGCAUCCUGGCACUUCUGGUUGAAGGAAGGGCUGCCAAUAUAGCCGUUACCUUUGCAUUCUUGGUUGAGGUGGCCAAUCUCUUAUACAACAUCCGUAAGAUUGCCACUAUCUAUCAGUGUUGUGUUCUGUUCUUCGACAUCUUAUAUCCUGCUGUAUUUAUUUUCGUAAGAGUCAUCGUGCUCCUGCACCUCUCCAAGAACAUUGUCAACAACAAAGACCUUCCCGAAGUUCCACAGGGGUUGGCAUCGAUACUUUUCUUGAUGUCUUUCUUCUACUGCUUUCGCAUGUUUCGUAACGCUUUUGCACCACCAGAAGAGCCAGCAUCGACAAGGAGAUCACGUUCUAGAACGCCAAGGGUUUCCAGAACAUCGAAAAAUAGAUCAAGGAGCAAAACUAAAAAAAAAUGCUAUUGAUAGAAAAUUUUGAGUAUAUUACAAUAAAAUGUUUGAGGUGAA